AUUUUAAAUGAUUGUAUCACGUGACAAUAAAGAUGGCAGACGAACGAGAACCACCCCCGAUGGAGGAAUCGAACGAAAACAACGAAGAUGACAUUUUUUCUGAAGCUAUAGAGAAGAAAACUACUGAUGAAUCAAAAACUGAGGAACAACCAGUUGAAGAUUCAAAACAAGAACCAACAAGAGUGCCAAUUAAAGCAGAUAUAAACACUGAUGAUUUGUUUAGUGGUGAAGGUGAUGAGGUCAAACUUGAUUCAGAAGAGGAAGAAGAAGAGGAGGAGGAGGAAGUCCCUGAACCAGAACCUUCAAAGAAGGAUGAGUCCAACCCUUUUAAUUCUGUAGAACCUCCAAAGCCCACAGAGGAACCAACACCUACUCCUCAAAUAUCUGUGUCCUCACAUAGCUCCUCAUCAGCAGUUAAAGUAACAGCUUCUAAACCUUCCAAGGAAGAGGAGGAGGAAGAAGAUGAAUUCACAAUAGAUAUAAAAGUAUCAGAUCCCCAGAAAAUGGGAGAUGGUAUGGGUGCUUAUAUGGUGUACAGAGUGAGAACUAAGACAACAGUACCUGCCUUCCGUAAAGCUGAGUUGAGUGUGUUACGUAGAUUUAGUGACUUUUUAGGACUGCAUUCUAAGUUAGCAGAAAAACAUGUAUCAAAAGGUGUUAUAGUACCUCCCGCUCCAGAAAAAAGUGUAAUAGGUAUGACCAAAAUAAAGGUGUCUAAAGAUGAUUCAGGGUCAUCAGAUUUUAUAGAAAAGAGAAGAGCUGCUCUUGAAAGAUUCCUAACCAGAACAGCAUCCCAUCCUUUAUUGAGGAUGGAUCCAGAUUUCCGUGAUUUCUUAGAACGUGAGGGAGAUUUACCCAAGUCUACUAAUACAUCAGCUUUAAGUGGUGCAGGUGUGAUGAGAUUGUUCCAUAAAGUAGGAGAUGCUGUCGAUAAAAUAUCAUUUAAAAUGGACGAGUCAGAUGAGUGGUUUGAUGAAAGACACCAACAAGUAGAAAACUUAGAUGUACAGUUGAGAAAAUUACAUUCCAGUAUGGAGACUUUAGUGCAUCAUCGGAAAGAGUUAAGUCUAACCACAAUGCACUUCUCCAAGAGUGCAGCAAUGCUAGGGAAUGCUGAGGAGCAUACUGCAUUAUCAAGAGCCUUAUCACAACUAGCUGAGACGGAAGAAAGAAUAGAAAUAAUACAACACGACCAGGCUGAUAAUGAUUUCUACCAAAUGGCAGAGUUACUGAAAGAUUAUAUUUCUUUGUUAGGUUCAGUAAAAGAAGUUUUUCAUGAACGAUUUAAAACUUACAAAGUGUGGAAGGAAGCAGAAGCUACAUUAACCAAGAAAAGAGAAAAUAAAGCCAAGUUAGAGUUGGCUGGUAAAAAUGAUAAAGUACCGCAGGCACAGAAUGAAAUUACAGAGUGGUCAGAAAAGGUUGAGAAAGGAAAGGAAGAUUUUGAAAAGAUUUCACAGACAAUAAGGAAAGAAAUGGGAAGAUUUGAUAGACACAGAGUAGAAGACUUUAAAACAACUGUAGUUAGAUAUCUAGAGCAGCUUAUGGAAAAUCAACAAAAGUUAAUCAAAUGUUGGGAAGCCUUUUUACCUGAAGCAAAAGCCAUAGCAUGAUAGUAACCAAGGCAAUGGGAAGUGCAAAGGUCACUCAUGCAGGUCAUGAACUAUUGUGAACAAAAAACAAUGAUAAACUUUUUUUAUAAUUUAGUUUUUCAAUUAGUUCAUAGAUGAACCCGUCUCAAUAAUUAUGGGCAUGAACUGUAAAUUAUGGGUACAUUUGGGAAAGAUGAAAAAGCUAAUAUUUCUGAAUAAAAGAUAUUGUGAUAUAUAAUAUAUAUGUUAGUCUUAAUAAACUAGUUGAAAAAAAUAUGUUCAAAUCAUGAAAUUUUGCAUUCAAAUAGUUCUCCUAAAGCACUAUAUUACAAUAAUUGGAUAUUGCUUUAAACAUUGAUGGUAUUAUAAUGGACCAAGAGGCAAGGAUAUGUCAGUUUGUACAGUUUGUGCAAUUACCUAUCUGAUGUCACUAGAUAAUUAUAUCCUUAUUUGCAUAUUUCCGUUUGUUUUUUUUUAAAUUGUCAUACUUAAGUCGUGAAAAUGAAAGUAUAAGUGAGAUUGAUUAUAUUUUUCCUUACUUCAUAGAUUAUUGCACUCAAUAUACCUUAUUUAUAAUAUUCUGUACAGAUUUCCUGGUAUAAUAUUGUGAUCUUACUGCUCAUUAGAAGAACCAUACAUAACACAAUAUGUAUGAUACAGAGUGGGUGACCUUGAAUAAUACAGAUUGCUUUAGUUGUAGAAAUAUUUUGUCAGCAUUAAUAGGCACUUAUUCAAAGUAGUAACUUAUAAAAAAAAAUAUUACACCAAACACUGUGAUUAGAUUGUCAUUAUAUUCAUAUAGAUGCAUUAAUUUAAAGCUUUAGAAAUAGAGCAAAUAAAAGCCAAAAUCAUCAUAUAAUAUAUAUAUAUAUGUUAAAUUUACAGAAAUGAAUAAAGAGAAAAAGGUAUGAAUUCAGUUAGAUGAGUAAAAAGUGUGAUCAAGAAAUCAUACCCAAUCAUAUUUCUGUGAAAUAGCAACUCAUUUUAAGAACUGUUUAAGGCAUGUAAUUGGGACAUGAGUUAUACUGAAGAUAUCCUACACUUUAAGUUUUGUUAAAAUCAUGCAUUCCUUUAAGUAUAUUAAUACAAUUUUUAGAAAACUUUUUAUCAUGUUGAAGAAAACGAAACAUGUUUAAAAUUUGCAUAUUUUAUGGAUUUAAAUGAAAUAGAUCAUUUGCUGUUUGUUCAGUCUGACUUUAAAAAUUGUACUAUUUUGUACCAUUAUUAAGGGAGAUUGUGUUUAUUUUUACUGUUUGUUAAGUGAUGUUGACUUUGUUCUGAAUAAUAUUAGUAUAAUCAUAUUGUCAAGGAACCAAUAAAUGCAGUGUAUGUUAUGUAUUUUUACUGUGUGUCUGAAAACAUGAAGAAUUUAUUCAGUUUGGUUCCCAAAGGAUAAUAAACGUGUGACAUCAUAAACUAGAUAGUAGUAGAUAUUGAAAACUUCAUAAAAUUAUUAUUAAUUUAUUAUAUUGUAUAUUUCUUACUUCAUUUGAGUAAGAAAACAAAAAUAUUAGCCUACAUUUAUGUCUAAUUGAUUUUUUGAAGAAUAUUUGAUGAGUUGAGUCCUGCCAUAAUAAUCCUUUAUAAUACUCUGUCAUUAAUGGACAUCUUAUUUUUUUCUUACAAAUAUCCAGUUAAACAGAAAAGCAAAUUGUUGUAGUCUAGGGCUAUCAAAUAUAUUGUAAAACCAGUUUAAAAGUAAUAAUUUUUCUUUCUCUUUAAAAUAUUAACAUUUAGAAUUAAGAUCUCAAAUAUUCAUAUUAAAAUAAUUUCAUACCUUGCAUUUUUAUUUUGUUUGCAGCUAAACAUUUUAUAUAGAGUAAGAUAAAAUACAAUAUCAUGUCUAACAGAUGUUUUAUAAUUUUAUUGCUAUAAUGCAAGAGUUAGAUAAAAUAUAACAUCAUGUCUAACAGAUGUUUUAUAAUCUUAUUACUAUAAUGCACAUGUAAAUAUGGUGAAAUAGAUUAAACAUGCAUCCAUUAAGUGAGGAUCUCUAAAUUAUAUUUUGUUUUAAUUUUCUUAACUAAGGUGAAAAAAAGUUUGAAUGUUUGGUUUUGUUUUGUAAUUAAUUAAAUCAUAGACCCGAAAGUACUUAUGAACAAGUAGUUGGUGUCCAACAGAUGUCCAGCAGAUGUUUAAAGUGCUCACAAGAUACAAAUCUUCAGCUGCUGACCAAAGUUAAAGUCUUUCUGUUUAGUACCUGAUAAAAGUGCUAGAAUUAUUAGUUGGACAAACGUAGGGACAGGCAAGGUGAAUACAAUAUAUGCCAGACUCCGCCCUUACUCCUAGAGUGGGAGUACAAUAUGUAGUCCACUUAGGUAUUGUUAUAAGAAAAUCAUGCACAGUUUUUAGUGUUUAAUGAUUUGUUUUUGUUUAAGUGCACAAGAUAAACAAUAAGCUCUGCAAUAUAAUAAAUAAAAGUAGGUUGUAUGUUCAUAACACAGAUUUGAACCAAAAGAUCCAGCCUUCAACUAUCAAAUUCUGUAAUCUCCACUACAGAUGAUAGUAACUGCAUAUAUGUAAUGAGGUAUCUUCACCAAGAGAUUGAUAGAUUUUCAUUUUAUACAUGUUGAGUUGUGACUGUGACUUAUUCUUAUUUUAUAAUCUUAUAUACCUUAUGUUAAUAUUAUCUGCCAAGACAGAAUGCCAUUAAUGUAAAAAUUGAUAAAAUUUUGCAAUUUUAACCACAUCUGCUAAAAGUGUAUCAGAAAUAUGGAAUUCCAACUUUUAUCAUAUUUAAACAGAAAACACGAAAUUCAUAAAAGUGUUGUAUUCAGACAGAAUUGAUAGAUUAAAAAUCAUCACUAGAUUGUGUUUAAUAUGGCUGUUUAUUUAAGAAAUGUAAAGUGUUCAUUUAUAUGUGUAUUUAACAAUUUACAAUAAGAAGAACUUUGCAAAUAAAUUGAUUAUUUUAUUUA